UACCUUUGUUGACGGGUGAAAGUGGCCGCACCGGAAACAUCCACCCUCGACCCUCCAGUCUCAACCGCCUGGCGGGUCGCCUGGCGGGUAUCCACCCGAACAAUCCUGUUUGUUCUUCCAGCCAGCCAUCCAGGCAUUUUACCGCUGCACUACGACUGCGCUACAGCAUGGAGGAACUUAUUAUAGCAGCUGUGUACAAGCGUAAAGCUAUUUGGGAUCCUACCGACGGUCUCAGGAAGAAUUCAAAGAUUUUGAAUGCAUUGUGGGCUGAAGUAGCUCAAGAAGUUGGAAUAGAUGUGAAGACAGCGAGAGCAAAAUGGAAGAACCUUCGCGCUUAUUUCGCCAAAGAAUUGCGAGAGUUAGAAAUCCCAAAAAGUGGAAGUGGUGGCAAUACAAAAACUGUAAGUACAUGGAGCUUUUUCUCUCAACUGAUGUUUUUAAAAGAUGUCAUUGUUAGCUCUAGUUGUCCUAGAGACGAUAACCUUCAUGUUUCUAAAGAAGCAACAACACAAGACAGCAACGAUGCUUCACAAUCAUCUGAAACAAAUGUGACCAACAAUUACGAAACAUUCGAACAGCAAAGUGAGUCUCUUGCCAUUCUAGCAGAUGUCAUACCCGAAACGUCAACUUUGAGUGUUUCACAGGAAACUGAGUACAAUUUUUUAAAGAAAAGAAGUGAAGUUAGAAAACGGAAACAAACUUCAUCACAGCAAAGAUGUAAGGAAGAUGAGUUAAUUGAAAUAGAAAAAAAGAAGAUUGCUCUUCUCGAAAAAGAGAUCAACACCACAGAAGAUCCGGAUCUGAACUUCUUCAAGAGUUUAUUGCCGUACAUGCACUGUUUCAAUGGCUUACAAAAGCUUCGAGUACGUGCGGCAAUACAAGAAAUCGUUACCCGAGAGUAUGAGGCAACACAGAGCAUAGGUCCAUUACCACAUCAUCAACUUGCAGGAAGCUACUUGUCUUCUCCCGCCACGCGGGAUUCAUCCGAGAAUCACCAUGUACUACAUCCUGCGUCAUUUAAUGCGCCUUCAACGGAAUCUUUGGAUACAUCAACAGGAACAUUUGAUGUUUCUCACUAUUCGUAAUUUUUCGCAAGUGUAAAAUAUGCAUCUAUGAAAAUACCAUUGAAUGUUUAUAAUUGUGUGAUAAUAUUGUUAGUGAAAAUUAGGCAGGGCUAGUGUAUACCAUUUGUACUGUUUCAAUAAUAAUAACAUUAAAAUUACUAAUAAAAACCCUGUGAAAAGGCUCAUCAAAACCAAUAUCAUAUUUAUAACAGCAAUAUUAUAAUUUAUAGUAGUGAAAAUAAAAUUGGUCUUACCUGCAUGUAAUUACUAGUCGUUGUUCAGCAGAGAUUGUUUCUC